AAGGUAAUGUCAGAAACACUCCACUUUAGGGUAUCAACGUCAUAUCCUUCAGUUAACCACAGUUGGUGUACGGCUCAAGUUAAAGCUAGCUAGCUAAAGCUUUAGCCCCAUUUUGGACCUCAGCAGGGAGUGGGGGGAAUAUUUUAUUUUUAUCCGUUAAUGUAUCUUGCAACAGGUUACGUUUUUAGAAGCAUUUCAUGAACUUAAAGGUGUCUACUUGCUGUCUAGUGUGGUAAAAUAUUCGCCUGGGCAAAAUAAAUGUUGAAAUAGGCUAUGUUAUUUUCGUGUAGCUCCGCCCUCUGUACGCUGGAACGUAACCAACAUGCACGUGCCGCUACGUGCCUUGGCGGAAGUAACUAAACUUAACUAAACUAAAAUAAUAAUUAUUUUUAUUUUAUUGUAUUUAUUUUUUUUUUUACUUUUAUUUAGUUUUUACCUAUUUAAAAAUGUAAUGAAACUGAAGUAAAAUAAAAUAAUAUUUAUAAUGUAAACUAAAAAAUAAAAACAAUAAUAAUAGUUUAUGUAAUUCAUUCCUUUAAUUUAUUUUUUGUAUAUUAAUAAUAUAAAACGAAAUAAAAAUGAUUAUUAUUUUAUUUUUGUAUGCAUGGUCUAUUCAGAAUAUCAAUAUUUAUUGUCAAAAUAUGCUUGAGUUAAUAAUGUUCGUUGGGUAAAAUAAAAAAUACAAGCAUAAAAAUAAAAAAAGGUGAUCUUGUCUUUGAAGUGGUGGCUUCAACACUAUGUUACUCUCUUCCUAUAGGUAUCAUCUAGACCUGCAACUGACUAUUAGCCUGUUUUUAUUAUUGCUUCACUAGUCGUAUCAUUUUCUAGAUUAAUCGUUUUGUCUGUCCUGUGUAAUUUCUCAGAGCCCAAGUCACAUCUUCAAAUUUUAGCCUAUAUUUUAUUGAACCAAAAGUCCAAAAAACUAAAGCUAUUCAGUUUAUUAUAUGGACCAAGUCUUCUGACCACUCAAAGUGCUUUUUACACUAUGAGUCACAUUCACCCAGUGACACACUGGUGGCCAAGGCUACUAUUGAAGGUGCCACCUGCUACUUAGAUGUGCGGACUGGAGGAGCCGGGGAUCGAACCACUGAUCUUGCGAUAAGUGGACAAUCUGCUCUACCUUCUGAGCCACAGUCACUGUUAUUAUUAUCAUGUAUAACGAAGAAAAGCCUGAAAUUCUCAAAUUUGAGAAGCAUGACACUAGCAAAUAUUUGGCUUUUCACCUAAAAAAUGAAUGAAAUAAUUUUUCAAUGAUCAGAAUAGUUGACAAUUUUCUGUCGAUCGACUAAUUGAUAAAUCGACUAUUCUUUGCAGGUGUGCUCUCAAGUGAGCCAGAAUCUACAGUUCUAAAUCCUUGAACUAGCUCAGUUAAGUUGAGCACAGCCAUCAUUAAUGUUGUCAGUUGCAGCUGUGUUUCUCCUGCUUCCUCCUCUUGUAUUGUUCUUUUGCCUAAGACUUUUCACUUUGGGAGCGCUGUACCGAAUCACAGAGUAAUGUACAACUCCAGUUCCGUGGUCACAAAUUCAGUGGAUAUGGAGGAGCUGUCUCACAGAAGACUUUGAAUUGUCAAAGCAGUAAAGCAAAUGUGUAAAGAUAGCUCCAUGAAGCCAUAUCAGGGAGUGAGUGUGCAUAAUAUCAGAGCCCUGGAACUAGCUCCCCUAAAUGGAAUGCGGCCAUCAUUAAUGUUUUCCUGCUAAGUCAAAAUGUCUGCCAUGAAAUGGCUUUAUUGACCACUCAGUGAGGUGUGAUAAACAUGCAUGUGUAUAUUUGUCUUUUGAGAUAUCAUAACAGCCCAAUUUUGGGACAUUUUAACUUUUAUGUGUACAUGAACCAGGUUAGUUUGCAAAAGAGAGUCACAAAGCUUGGACAGAAGCUAUGUGUUGCGGUGUUUGCUUUUUUCCUUUGAUGUAAAAUUAGAAUAAGUCAACAUAUGAAAAAACAGAACUUGAAAUGAAUAAACACCCUGCACAAAUGCUAAACAAAAUAUUAGUUUGUGUAGGGCUGAGCUAGUUUUCUCAAUUCAAUAUAUCCAGAAUCAUUAAUGGAAAAGUUUUUAAUCUAAACAAGCUUUGAGCGAUUUUGUUUUUCCUGACUGUAUUAUCCUUGUGCGCUUGAGUAUAUCUUUAUGUAUUAGGGAGCCCUCUGCUGUAUGCUUGUGUUCAUUACAACUUAGUCACCCACUCAGACCACUGGUUCAGGAAGAGCAGUCUUGUUCUCAGUCACACUGUGUAUGUUGCGUGAGCAGUGUAUGAUGCAUCAUAUAUCACAUCUCUUUCAGACAAAUGCAGCCUGAAUGGAUCAACACGGGUCAUCCUGCCUGUCUUCACCACUCUGGACCAGCAUUGAAAACAGCAAAUUUGGAGGCAAGACAAUCAAAGAGGAGCAGAAAAAGAUGUCGUGAUGUGACGAUGACUCCAACUCCCAGCUGCAGGAUGCACAAAACAAGUAAACAGAAGCUUCCUGUCUCGUUGAAUGGUGAGGCGCGGCUAACCAAUGGGAGGACAGCGGUGAGGAUGCAACUGUGAUCCAGGAAAAAACAGCCCAUUGUUCCCGGGACGUCGGAGAAGUGUGACCACCGUUCUGCCGGCUCUGGCUGCUCGGCCUAACGGCACACUGAAGGACGCGGCACUCCACUGACAGGUCAGUAUGAGUGGGGGUGUCAAUGUAAAGUCGGCCCCCAGGGCUCCUCCCUCAUCAGGAAUCCCCCUCCCACACAGCCUGUUGCCCUCCUCCCCCAAAGCAGACCCCCGCCGCCGGGCUAGUGAACUACCCAGGCCCUCAACACAGACCCCUAAACACACACCCACACACACUCCCACACACACACCCAGGCACUCUCCUUUACUUUGCCCACGGGGCUCCAGCAUCCCUGGGCCUUCCUCCAGGGACCCGAAGAGAGACGUCGGCCUGAAAAGCCAGCUCUUCCACCGGACGGGAGCUCUCCCAGCUCCCCAGGUGUCACGCUCUGCCUACAGCAGCCCUUUAACCCAGCGUAGGGUGCCAUCGCCACACUCCAAAGACACACUGGAUCUAGGAAAACCCACCUCGCCUCUCAUCCCCUCACUGUUUCCACAUGACAGCAAUCGCAACAGAAACACUCUCACCAACAAGAACCAAACAUGGGGAGCCAACAACCUGCGUCCACCGCUACAGUUCAGAGGAGGAGACAACUCCAACACUGUAUCCCAGGCAACGAGUGAGGUCGUGCCACAAAGAGAGGAAGAGCCUCCAGAAAACCACCCAGCCCAGACCACUAUGUCAAACAACGGUAACCUCCGCUCCUGUCUUCCGCAAACAAGCUAUGAGCAGGCCAUCAGAGCUCGCAGUGACUCCACCAGCCAAUCAGACGAGGAGAUGGGGACUCCUGAGGACAGCAGUCCAGCCUGCUCGCCCUGUCCCCUGCCGCUGCCACCGCUCACAUUUACCAUGCCAGUAAUGUCCAAGGUGGCUGUCGAUACGCUGGAUCAAAGCCUAGACGAGGAGGCAGCGUCUACGGAGGCACACACACCCAGAGUCAACAUGGCCACUGUGGCUCCCUUCAGCUACAGGCUGCAUGCUCAGGACAGCGAAUUUUCAGUGGACGAACUCAGUGACUGCUCAUCUGGAUCCAUAGAAGUCUGCUGUGACGACCUAACGCUAGGAGGGAUGCUGGAGGCUAAUGUGGCUAACAUUAGCAUGACGGCCAAGCCCAGAGAACUGGACCUGAGGUCUGCUGCUGUCUCCUGCCAGGAAACUUCAGCCCAGGCCAUGGCCUCUAGGAAGCCCCCGGCCAAGCCCUCCGCUCUGCCCCAGGGACCGUCACGUCCCUCCGGGUCAGAGCUCAAGGUCUACCGGCCCUCCUCUGGAUCUAUCCCUAUCCCAAUCCCCAAUCCGUCCAGGCUACGCAAGCAACGAUCACUAAACAACUUGUGUGUGCUCACUGAUGCUGAGAAGAAGCUGCACCUGUACCAGUCUCCCCGCUGGAGUGACGAUACGAGCCGGCCUGGCACUGGCACCAACAAGCCGGGCCAGACUAAGGCAGGACAGGCUGGGGGUGGGAGACCACCACUUUCACGGACCCUAUCAAAGUCCGAACAGUCUCUUUUCCAGGGGAAGCCCAAACCUUUCUGCUCCCCGUCCGCGACUUCAAACGGGGGCAAGCCGAGUCGAAUCCCAGCCCCUGGUAAACCACGGGGACCUUAUGCCGAGGUCAAGCCCAUCAGCAAGGCCUCUGAGGCAGGCCAGAGUGUAGACACAGACCCUGCAGACCCCCCAACUAAGGCUAACUCCAAUGGAGCUGGGAAUACUGGGACUAAUGGUAAGAAACUAGGGGAGAAGGUGAGAUCUGCAGCCCUGUCAACAGAGGAGAAGAAAGAGAGGAAGGGGGUAGAAGGAGAAGACGAUAAGAGCUUCCUGAAGGUGGAUCCAGAGUUGGUGGUGACGGUUCUGGGAGACCUGGAGCAGCUGCUCUUCAGCCAAAUGCUCGACCCGGAGUCCCAAAGGAAGAGGACUGUGCAAAAUGUUCUGGACCUUCGACAGAACCUGGAGGAGACCAUGACCAGCCUGAGAGGGGUGCAGCUCAGCCACAGCUGUGUGGAGGGGAACGUGUGCUACGACAGCGAUGAAGCCGCUGCGUUCUCAAUUUCCAGCCUGUCAAAUCGCUCCUCUCCGUUGUCAUGGCGCCAGGGUCAGGCCAGCCCCCGUCUGCAGGCUGGCGAAGCUCCGUCCACAGGUAACACCCAGUCGGACGUCCCACUCCGGAUCAGCCACACGGCUCGUAUCCAACUCAUCGAGGCGCUGGACGACUCAGACCCGUCCCUUCUGAAGGGAGAUUACCUCAGCAACAGCGACCUCAGCAGAAAGAGCCCGAUCGAGGAUGAUGAAGAUGAUGAUGAUAUUGACGAUCUGGGGAAUGGUUGGGACGAGAGCAGUUCCAUCAGCAGCGGUUUGAGCGACGGCUCAGACAACCUCAGCUCUGAAGAGUUCAACACCAGUCCCACACUCAACUCUCUGCCCACCACUCCCAUCGGCUCCCGCAGAAACUCGGCCAUAGUGAUGCGGACAGAUGCAGAGAAGAGAUCUCUGGUGGAGAGCGGUCUGUCCUGGGACUCUGAUGAUACCAAACCCAGCCGCAAGAGCCAGGGCGGCGGCGUCUACGAUACAGGAAGUCUCAAGUCCGAAUCGGCCAAUAAAUGGAAAAAGACGCGGACACAGGGGGAGGGGCUGGAAGGAGGGAAGGGCGAACUGAAGAAACCUCAGACCUUGGGUCAAGGAAAUGUGUUGAAGAAAGGACGAAACCCACCUGUGGGAGUCACCUCUCCAAUCACACACACCUCUCAGAGUGGGCUGAAAGUGGCAGGUACAGUCAAGUCAGAUGGGAAGCCAAUGGAUAAGUCCCGGCUAGCAGUGAAGACCGCUGGCCUUCAGCGCUCUUCUUCUGAUGCUGGUAAAGACCACAGAAAUGGCACCGGUGCUGGUGAGCAACGUAAACCUCCGUCCGGCCUCGUCAGGCCCUCAACUGGUGGAAACUUUGGCUUCAAGAAGCCUGCAACUGCCACCAAUAAUGGCACAAACAAUCCCAGUAUGCCCUGUGGCUCUACAACUGUGGGGAAGAUUCCCAAAUCGUCGGGUAUUCCUGUCAAACCAGGGGCUGGUGGAGGUGGUGGUGGUGGAGGAGGACGUAAGACAAGUCUAGAUGUUUCAAGCAGCGACCAGAGUGGUUUUCUAUCUCCGAAUGCCAGGACAUCUCUCCAGUACCGCUCUCUGCCUCGCCCAGCAAAGACAAGCACCCUGACUCUAACUCGGCCAAGCUCAGCUCGCCCAGUGAGCACUACGAUGGACACCAGCUCUGGGCUGAUCAAACCGGCCCAGGGCUCCAGGCUCAAAGAGCCCGCCUCAGGGCUCAGCUCUGGGUUGAGUAAAGCAGGUGGUCGUGGGAUCCCGAGUCCCAGUCCUGUCAAUCAGACAGACAGAGAGAAAGAGAAAGAGAGGGCCAAAGCUAAAGCUGUGGUAUCUGACUCUGAGUGUGGAGGUGGGUCUCUGAAGGGCAGCCCUGCUCAGACGCCCUCAGAGAACGGAGGGAAGCUGCAGGGCCUGAGACCUCCCAGCAGUGGUAAGGGCAUGGAUCUGCCCUCACCCAACACACACAGGCUAUCUGGGAUACGCAGCCUGGCAAAGCCUCCAUCUAUGGCCCACCUUGACAAGCUGAACUCAAACAGCCUAGACGUGGGGGUUCAGGACUCCCUGCCACCCAAAAUUCCUCCAUACUCCAAACUCCAGGACCUGGCCAGCUCAGCAGGCAGCUCCCCUGGCCCCUGUCUGACCCCCAGCCCUGCCCCGCUACUCAAUGUGAACUCCUCAGCCUGCUUCUCAAACUCAGGGACUGGCUUGGGGCCCAGGCAGGUCUCUUCUCUCGGGGUUCAAGGGAGCGGAGGGAGCACCUCACCCCUGCUCUACCCUCGUCUGUCUGGGCUGCAUCGCAGCAUGGAGUCGCUGCCGCUCCAGAUGAGUCUGGCCCCAGAGCCCCAGGGGAUGGAGAAGGAGAAGGAGAGGGAGACUUUAGUGAGAGGCUACACCACCUUGGAAUCCCGACACAAAGAUAGACAGGAAGAUAGAGGCCCUCCUGCCAGCUGGAGCUCUGGAAGUAAAGUCUCGAUGUCUCUCACGGACAGCUCUCAGAGAGACAGAAACACACUGCCAAAGAAAGGUUUAAGUUUCAGCGGUGCCUCUCAGGUUGAGGAGGAAGGGAAGGAGAAAGGAGAGAGGAGACACUCUCAUACCAUUCUCAGUAUGACGGACUCGCUCACUCUUCCACUGCUGUCCUCACCCACCUCCCUGCCCCGCACCUCUAAGAACAGUAUGGUACCCAGCCCUGUCGGUGGACCUCCGAGGAUGACUCGAUCCAACAGCAUCCCAACGCACGAUGCCUCUCUGGAGCUGUACGGAGCGUCUCCGCUGGGCAGCACACUGUCGCUGGCUGAACGCCCCCGCAGCAUGGGAAUGGUUCGCUCCGGAUCCUUCAGGGACAAGGAGCAAGACGAGGUUCAUGGGUCGGUACUCUCCCUGGCGUCCAACGCCUCGUCUAGCUACUCCUCGGUGAGUGUGGGCAGCAUGCAGACUCAGGCUGAGGAAAGGAUUCAGGGAGAGCAAAUCCGUAAGCUGAGGAGGGAGCUGGAAUCGUCACAGGAGAAGGUGUCUAACCUGACGACACAGCUGACAGCAAACCAGGCAAAUCUGGUGGCAGCCUUUGAGCAAAGUCUGCAGCUGAUGACGACGCGGCUGCAGAGUCUGUCAAUAAGCCACGAACAGAAGGACUCAGAGCUGGUGGAGCUGAGGGAGACCAUCGAGGCUCUGAAGCUCAAGAAUGAAGAAGCCCAGGCUGUCAUACAAGGAGCCUUAAACACCCCAGAUAAUAUGAAAGACAUGCGCAUUCGACGUCAGAACUCAUGUGAGAGCAUCUCCAGUCUCAACAGCCUGACCAGCAUGUCGAGCGUGGGCAGCUUGAAGGACCAAGAUGCCAAGAAGAAGAAGAAAAAGAGCUGGCUGAGGAGCUCCUUCAACAAAGCAUUCAGCAUUAAGAAAGGCUCCAAAACAUACUCAGACAUCGAGGAGAUCGCCACCCCCGACUCCUCGGCUCCCAACUCCCCAAAGAUGCUCCAUGAAGGAGGAGAUGACGGUGAAAACCAGCCUUCAUCCCUCAAAACCUCGGCCUCUGCCACCUCUUCUGUGAUCAUGGAGACUACAGAAGAGGGUGACAAUGAGGAAACUGCGGUAUCAGACCUGCGCUCAGAACUCUGGGUGAAAGAGAGAGAACUGACAGACAUCCGACUGGAGGCCUUAAGCUCUGCACAUCAGCUGGAGCAGCUCCGAGAAGCCAUGAACAGCAUGCAGUCAACGGUGGAGAACCUGAAGGCGGAGAAUGACCAUUUAAAAACAGGCUCCGGUCCGACCUCUUCCACUUCCCAGCCUUCAGGCCUGGCCUCUCUCCUGGGGCCCUCACUUAGGCAGCCGAUGAGCAUGUCCCUCACCAAGUCCUUCAGCCUCAGUCUGAAUGAUUGUAAAGAUCCAGACGCGUCUUCAGUUGACUCGUUAAGUGUGUCUUCCCAGCGGGAUGAGGUGUGCGCACGAGUGCUUGUCCGCAUUUCAGAUCAAGCAGAGGACAGUAAGCAGCAGCAGGAGUUCUACCUUGGCUCGGUGCUGGUCGGUGCGAGAACCGACUGGUCCUGUCUCGACUCUCUCAUAGCCAAGACCUUCAAGGACUACCUUACGCAAGUGGACCCGACUGCCAGCCUGGGUCUGUCCUGUGAUUCGCUGCACAUGUACCAGCUGACCCAGGGAGUGCAGAGGGUGAUAGGAGGGGAAAAACCUCAAGCCUCACCUUAUCGCUGCCUCAGCAAUGGUUCAGCGCAAAUACUUGUCACUUUGAAAGGUCUCAGAGAAAAAUGUGUUGACUCACUGGUGUUUGAGACUCUGAUUCCUAAACCAAUGAUGCUGCACUACAUCAGCUUGCUGCUGAAACACAGGCGUCUGGUUCUGUCUGGGCCCAGCGGGACAGGAAAGACUUACCUGGCUCAGCGUCUAGCCCACUACCUCCUGCAGCGCAGCCGGUCUGACUUGUCCGAGGCCGACCAUGAGACCUGUGUCCUCGGCCGCAGCGCCGCCGUAACCUUCAACAUGCAUCGUCAGUCACAGAAGGAGUUGCAGUUGUAUCUGUCCGAUCUAGCAAAUCAGAUCGACAGAGAGAGUGGAGGAGAACUGCCGCUGGUUGUUAUUAUAGACGACAUUAGUGACUCAGCAGCCAUCACUGAGCUUGUUAACGGAGCUCUCACCUGCAAGUAUCACAAAUGUCCUUACAUCAUCGGGACAACCAAUCAGCCUGUGAAGAUGACGUCUAACCACAGUCUGCACCUCAGCUUCAGGAUGGUAAUAUUCUCCAACAAUGUUGAACCUGCUAACGGGUUCCUGCUGAGGUACCUGCACCGUAAAGCUGUGGAGGCCUACCAGGAGAAGGAGCAGGACUCCGCACGCCACCAGGCUCUCCUCCGUGUACUGGACUGGAUCCCUCAGCUCUGGUACCACCUCCACACGUUCCUGGAGAAACACAGCACUUCAGACUUCCUCAUAGGUCCCUGCUUCUUCCUGUCAUGCCCAGUAUCAGUGGCAGAGUUCAGGCAGUGGUUCAUUGAUCUGUGGAACCACUCUAUCAUACCGUACCUGCAGGAGGGAGCCAAAGACGGCAUCAAGGUGCACGGACAGAAGGCAGUAUGGGAGGAUCCUGUGGAGUGGGUGAGAGGGACUCUCCCCUGGCCCAACGCACAGCAGGACCAGUCCAGGCUCUUUCACCUACCUCCCCCCAGCAUAGGUCCACCCAGUGAGGAGAAGAAGCCCCCCAAAGAUACACCUCCACCCAGCACACUGGAGUCAGACCCACUGAUGGCCAUGCUGCUGAAGCUCCAGGAGUCGGCCAACUACAUAGAGUCUCCAGAGCGGGAAGGCUGUCUGGAUCCCUCUCUGCAGGCGACACUCUGAGAACAACAUGUGACUGUCAGUCAAGCUAUGGAACUAAAGACUCUUCAUCACGGCUGACACAGCGGGUGCAGUCCCAGUGAGACUUUAAAGACUCAAUAAAUAACUUAACUGUGUGCUCAGUGAGCAGCUACGAAGCUAAAUGUAAAGGAUCUAUAGAGAGAGUGAUUAUGGACGAAGGGUUUGCUCUGCCCUGCUAUCAGAAAGAAACUGCUCUCAGUCAGGGAAAGACAUCGACUUGUCUCUUCUCUGCCCUCAAUGAGUUCCAGAUUGGUUGUUGUUGAAUCUGCAAGUGCAUGGUAACCGGAAUAGUAUGAUGCAAAAUAUUACCUAUAAUCCUACUGAUCAAGACCCAUGUUUUUCUUUUUAACUGCCACAACUCUCACCUUCGAACUAUUGGUGCUUAUUGUUCCUGGUUUUCUUUGAAGGCUUCAUUUUACAAAGAAAUUCACUCUGAUUUCCUAAAAGUAGGAUCAUCACUCGACAACAGCCAAAAAAUGCACUUUAUUUUCUACUUGUGGUAAUUGGGUUUUAGCAGGCUGUGUCGGUGACUGUGUAUCAAACAGGAAUCAUGCAGUGCAUUAGCAAUUCCUCUAGAUGGCAGCAUCUACUCCUGCCUCAGUGCUCUCCUGGUGUGCUUUCUGACUUGGUGCUCAGUAGAAUAUAUAACACAUACUCUAUAACACAACUAUAAAAAUGGCCUUGAAUGUUUUUUGUUUCUUUUCAGUUCAGCCAUUGUGUCAUUCACGGAUCGAAUAUCAGAACCCCGAAGCUGCAAGAGUAACAUGCAUGGGUGAAUAAUGAAUGAAAAUCAGUUUUAGGGUCAGCCUGUAAAGAAAACGUCAUCAUUAGUAUGUCUCCAGUAAUAUACUGACAUCAUAACCACAGAAACUGACCCUACUCAACCAACAUACUGUAUUGUAAACACACACAGGACAAAAAAAAUGCUCGUUUAUCUAGUCUGCCCAAACGGCCUACCAUUUCUGGCUAUGCUUGCGUAUGUUCUGUAUUUAGAUAUGGGUUUUAAAACACGAAAUUCUCUUGUGAUAGAUGAGGAUACAGCUUUGAAAAAUCUUGAUUUUGUAGGAUUUUAUACUGAGUCAUCUUCAACAGUCAUCUGUAUACAGCAGCAAUCACCUACGUAUACCUAACACGCCAUCAUGGACUGCGGUGUUACACUUCUGUCGUCACUGUUCGCUCGAUCAUUUCUCAUUCAGCAUCCCUCAAGGGGAAGUGGACAGCAUCGUUUAAAAAGAAAGAAGUGAUAAGAAUCUGUACAAACUAAAUCAUUUCAUUUCUCAUUGCAUUUGCUCUUUAUAUCUUUGAUAACACCUUUUUUUUUUCAAACGGUUUCCUUCUCACACUUUGUGUUAAGAGUUACUGAAAGAGUAAGGGCUGCGGGUAAGAAAGGUUGAAACUCAUUUUGAGUGGCUUCCUCCUAUUCCUUUCCUUCGUUCGUUUGCACAUAAUAUAUGUCGGAGUACUAGAGUACAGAGAGUAUUUAUUGCUCACACCUUGACUGUUCUUGUCAUGAAGGAAGAAGGUAUAUAAAGACGUGUUUAGAGGAGGAAACUGUAGGUAGUGGAGAUAUUCUUAAACCUCUCAGCCCUGUGCCCCCAUUUGACCCUGAAGUACCUCAGACUGCCAUACUCUGUCCAGACGUUCCUCUACUUUCCAAACAGGGUGCUGGUGUAAAGUAGAGACAUGAUGCCUAAGUCUAUCUGUGCCUGAAACACGAUUUGGCCUAAAGCUGCUUUCGAGGUGCUUGAAUCUACCAUGCGGAGGCCUCGAUUCAGAGGAAACAUCAUCACUUCCUCUCACCUACUCUGAUGUCACUUUAAUGUCGUCACCUCGAUGGGUUAUCGGUUUUGAUCUUUCGCUUGUUGUCAUGGUGAUAAGCUGUUAAGAUGAUGUGUGUGUGUCAGUUAAUUCUGCAGUAGAUGAGAAUGCGAAUCACGACCGGGCUGCCUGCGUGUGCUUUGACACCAUUUUAAACUUAAAGACUUGACAUCUUUGUGGAGUUGCCUGAGAGUCGGAAGCAGUGUGAGAACAGAUUUUAGCCUGGAGAUGUAGUGUCGAUGCAUGUAUCCUUGGUGUGUUCCCAAAGUUUCGUUUCAUUGGACCUACCACACUUAACCUCGUCACAGGAGGGAUUUUUAUUAACUGGAUAUCUUCCUCUUUUCACGUUGCUUUUAAGAGCAGACAUUUGUUUUUUCUUAUGCAAAUAUUUGUAAAGGUUUCUUUCUCUUUUGUACAUGACAUCACUAUUGUAAACACUGUAAAUAGUCAGUGCAUCUGCGACAACAAUCACUAAAAAAGAACCUGUAGAGAUCUAAGAGAAGGCAUGGCCCCUGUAUGCAGAAAACGGGCGUCCUCGAUGGGUUUAUUGUCCUCCUCCAGUGGGGAGGAGCACUUGGCUUAAAAGGGGGCCUAAUAAUGGUUGUAUGGCAUGUCUCUAUAACCACAUCAAAUCCCAUAUGUCUAACAUUGAGCAAUGAACACAAUAAAGUCAUGCCAUUCUUCACAUCA